AUGAAAGAAUUAUGUUUCCUUAGAAACAGAGCAGUUUUUGAUGAUAUACAACCAAAUGCUGAAGACUUGAAGAAGAGGAUAAUGCAGUGUACUAAGGAAUAUGAAGUUAGAAUGAAUGGUUGUAUGUGGAAUACAGUGGAGGAUUUACAAAUUCUGAAAGCCUUUGAAAUGAAAUGCAAGAGAGUGAAGCAUAUCAAGAUACAAGAACGUUUCUUUUCUUUUCCCACUGGAGAUCAAAUUUUAUUAUGUUGUGAUGGAGCUGCAAGAAACAAUCCUGGAGAGGCAGGAUAUGGGUUUGUAGGAAGAGAUUCAACUGGCAUUUUUCUAAUUGUUGUUGCAGGUGGAAUGGGUAUUGCAACAAACUUCAUGGCAGAGGUUUUUGCAGUCAUAAAUGCAUGUGAAUGGGCUAUUAGCAAAGGUUUCUUAAAGAUAUGCAUUAGAACUGAUUCCAAGUCAGUUAUAAACUCCUUUUCAGCCAGAAAAGUAUCUUGGUAUGUGCAGACAAGGUGGAAUAAAAUUGUUGAGGUACUUAUUAUCUGCCAAUUCAUUCAUAGUUACAGAGAUAUUAAUUUGUCUGUUGAUGGUCUUGCAUAG